GUGGGCUCCUGGACAGUGGUCCCUAUAUAGACCCUUCUGGCUGCACACCCAGCAGGGUCUGCGGCACAGGGGCAGGCGAGUGGGAUGGCAUUGCGGUUUGAGGCCCUGUACCCAGAGGGGAUAUGUCCCGGCUGGAGCAUCGUGGUUAAAGGCGAGACCAGUUCCAGUACGAGCAUGUUUGAAAUUAAUUUGCUCUGUGACCCCGGGGACCAAAUCGCUCUCCAUUUUAACCCCCACUUCUCCAGCUCCAGAAUCAUCUGCAACUCCUUCCUCACCAACUGCUGGGGGAAGGAAGAGAUUAUUAACACCUUCCCCUUUGAGGCAAUGGAGCCAUUCCAGGUUGAAAUCUACUCUGACCAAGACUACUUUCACAUUUUUAUCAAUGAAAACAAAAUACUACAGUACAAGCAUCGCCAGAAGCAGCUUUCGUCCAUCACCAAGCUGCAGAUUCUCAAUGAUAUUGCCAUUUCGUCAGUGGAAAUCACCAAACGAGACCUUUACUAGAGACCCAAGUUGGGACAGUUUCACAGACCAUCCCCUCUUGAGCUCCUGAUCCAGCUGGAGACCAUCUCCUCCCCUUCCCCACCCAACACAUACAGUCACCAGUCAGGGAGAUAGCAAUGCAUAUGUCCUUAUAGUGGAAGCGAUGGUCAUUCCCAUCGUACGCCACCAAUGCAUGUCAGUAACUGCAGUCCAGAUCAAAGACCUUCUGUCCCUACUAUGCCUUGAGGUGCACAAUGGGCUUUGUAGGUCUUAUCUUAGCUGUUGGACAACCUGACAAAUCAUAGAAUCAUUUUGGUUGGAAGAGACCCUCAGGAUCUUUGAGUCUAACCAUAACCUAACCUAACAUAGCACUAAACCAUGUCCCUAAGAGCCUCAUCUAAAUGCCUUUUAAACACCUCAAGUAGUCUGGACACCUGAAUGCUACCCCAGAAAUUGUGUUUGCCCAAGAGUAGGGUGUGUAUUAGCACUAGCCCUCAGCUGGUUGUGUGGUGAAAGAUGCAAUGGGUAUGGGUGUUAGGGGUGGAAAAGCACUUUUCUUUCCAGGAGCUAAAUGCAAAAAUGCUGCCAUAUUUGCCAAUAAAAUCCAAUACGGAAAACACU